AGUUGCGCAGGCGCAGAGGGGCCGGCAGCAUGGCGUCCAGGCCCAAGCGGCGUGCCGUGGACAGCGGGUCUCCGGUUCCUCGCGAUGAGGACGAGGAUGAUGAACUCGAGGAUGAGGACGAAGACAACGAAGACAGUGACGAAGAAGAGGAUGAAGACGACGAGGUCGUCAAUGAGGAAGUGAAUAUUGAAUUCGAAGCUUAUUCUAUCUCAGAUAACGAUUACGACGGAAUUAAGAAACUACUGCAGCAGCUUUUCCUAAAAGCUCCUGUGAACACUGCAGAACUAACAGAUCUCUUAAUUCAACAGAACCAUAUCGGGAGUGUGAUUAAGCAAACGGAUGUUUCAGAAGACAGCGAUGAUGAUGUGGAUGAAGAUGGGAUUUUUGGUUUCAUAAGUCUUUUGAAUUUAACUGAAAGAAAGGGUACCCCGUGUGCUGAACAAAUUAAAGAGUUUAUUUUACACCUCUGCGAGAAGAACUGUGAAAAGAGCAUGGCUGAACAGCUGGACAAGCUUUUCAAUGACGCCACCAGGCCUGUGGGCUUUCUGCUGAGUGAAAGAUUCAUUAACGUUCCUCCACAGAUUGCGCUGCCCAUGCACCAACAGCUUCAGAAAGAACUAGCAGAGGCGCACAAAACUAACAAGCCAUGUGGGAAGUGUUACUUCUACCUUCUGAUUAGCAAGACGUUUGUGGAAGCAGGAAAAAGCAAUUCCAAAAAGAAAUGGAGCAGCCAAAAGAAAGAUGAGUUAAUGUUUGCAAAUGCAGAAGAAGAAUUUUUCUAUGAGAAGGCAAUCCUGAAGUUCAACUACUCAGUGCAGGAGGAGAGCGACACGCGUCUGGGAGGCCGAUGGUCCUCUGAUGACGUGCCAAUGAAGCCCCUGCGAACUGUGAUGGUAAUUCCCAGCGGCAAAAUGAAUGAAAUCAUGGAUAAACUGAAAGAACAUCUGUCCGUGUAACCCAUUUCCCAUGGACAGUGCUGGGCUUGUUUUUGUAAAAAUUACCAGAAGACUCAGUGGAGAUUUACUGAAAAACUCAUGGCUUUAUUCAGAUUAAGGCCCUCUACAAAAAGUAGGGUUCUGUCACCCGUGUCUGUGACACAUUUACAAAAUAUCUUUGCUUUUUCAAAUUUUGGUCAAAUUAAGAAUGGUUGAUUAAAAACUUUUCCAAUAAGAAGAAAAACAUGGAGUAGUAAUUUAAAGAACUCAAUAAAAACUUCUAUUUUUAGUUGUUAAAUAAUA